CAUGCCCACUCUGAGUCAAGUCCGUCAAUCCAACACGGCCUUGGGCGCUGGUCGCCCACACAUGGUCGCCGUCUUCGUCGGCGGCACCAGCGGCAUCGGGGAAGCGACAGCCAAGCAGUUCGCGCUGGCCGUGAAAAAGCCCACCAUCCAUCUCGUUGGCCGAAACGAGGCUUCGGGCUCCCGGAUCCUGGAAGAACUCCGUGCCUCCAACCCCGAGGGAUCCUUCAAUUUCAUCAAGUCGGAUGUCUCGCUGCUGCGCAACGUGGACGAAGCCUGCGCGGAAAUCCGAAAACAGGAAAAGCAAAUCGACCUGCUUUUCAUGUCCACUGGUCACUUAGCACUCUCCAAAAAGAAUACCGAAGAGGGCCUGGAUAACAACCAUGUCCUCCGCUAUUAUGCCCGCAUGCGCUUCGUCCAGAAUCUCCUGCCGCUGCUCAGUGCCUCCCCAGGCCCGGCUAGGGUUGUUUCCAUCCUCGCUGCGGGCCAGGAGGGCUCGAUGGAAGAGGGCAAUUUCGACCUGACCAAGUCGUGGACGUUUAUGAAAUCUAAUACAUACGCUGCAACCCUGAACUCUCUGGCCCUGGAGCACCUCGCUGCUGCCCAUCCGACUGUUAGUUUCAUUCACGCCUUUCCUGGAAUCGUACGAAGUCCGCUGAUGAAAUCGACUUUCGGUAACCUUGUCGGCUCGGUUCUCACCGUCCUUUCUCGUCCGGUUUCUAUGACGUUGGAGGAAAGCGGCGAGCGGAAUUUGUUCAUCUCGACGUCUGCAGCCUAUCCAGCUGCUGCGCCGAAGGACCCAUCUCAUCCGGGAGUCCCGUUGGCAGGAGGAGUGCAGACGGCGGUUGCGUCGACGGGUAGGGUCGGGGGAGGAUCAUAUAUACUGAGCUCGGACGGAGGCGAUGCCACCCGGGAGAAGCUGAUGGCUGAUUAUCGAGGCAGGGGUUUCCCGAACAAGGUCUGGAGUCAUACACUUGAAACAUUUAAACGGAUACUGCAGCCGGAAUAG